AUGUCACAACCCACCACCACCAACAUCUCAUCGCACAAUGUCACGACUUCAACUCCUUCUUCAUCUUCAUCAACGUCGAAAGCACCCACCGGCAUCCACCCUCUCCUCCUGUCCAGCUCCCUCCCCUUCAAACCCUCUGACUCCAGCAUUGCCUCCACUUCGACCUCGUACGUCAAAGGCAAAGCCUCCUCUACCAUCGAAUCCAACCCCUAUCUCCUCGCCAGUCAAACCCUGACAACGGACGAAGAGAAACCCAAGGCACGAUCGAUGCACAAAGGCUUUCAAUUCCACAAACCGGGUCGACACGUCAAAGAGGCGGAAGAACUGCGUCGCGAGCAGCAGAUGGAAGAGUUGAAAAAGAGGAUCGAGCAGAGCGCACGGAAAGCCGGAUUGCAGGACGAGCUGGCGGAAGAGAAACGGUUGUUGAAACGGCCGCCGCCGGAGAUCGAGUGGUGGGACGAGAAUUUGCUCGAUGCGGGAACGUACGAUCCGGUACCUGACUCGCUGUCCGUCGAUCAGAUGUUGACCUCGCCUCCACAGGGAGUUCUGCUCUUUGGGUCGUCAUCCCCCAUCGAUGGCUACGUGCAACAUCCGAUCCCCAUUCCAUCCCCCUCCGACUCGAAUACCGUCCAGGCACGUGGACUCAUGCUGACCAAACGCGAACAACGCAAGCUUCGACGUCAACGACGUGCCGCUGCACAGCAGGAUAAACGCGAUCGAAUCAAGAUGGGCUUACUCCCACCCGAACCACCCAAAGUAAAACUGUCGAACCUGAUGCGCGUUUUGACGUCGGAAGCAGUUUCCGAUCCGACCAAGAUCGAAGCACGCGUUCGACGCGAGAUCGCCGCACGCGCCGAAGCGCACGAACGACACAAUGCCGACCGCAAACUCACCCCCGAUCAACGACGCGAAAAGCUCGAACUGAAAAAAUUUCGCCAAGAAGACCAAGGUCUAGCAUGUCAGGUGUACAAGGUGAGGCAUUUGAUCAGUGGAAGGCAUAAGUUCAAGGUGAAACGAAAUGCGUUGGAUCACGCCUUAACGGGUGUGGUGGUGUUUGGGGAGAAGAUGGCAUUGAUUGUAGUCGAGGGAAGUGAAAAGGCGUUGAAGAAGUAUAAACGGUUGAUGACGGUGAGGAUUGAUUGGACCGAUCCCGGUUCGGAGCGGGAGGAAAGUGAAGACGAGAAAGAUCAAGACAAGACACCAUCCGCUUUCCAGAUCCUCACAACGGGCAAGGAAGAUGUCGAUUGGUCCACCAACACGUGCGAGUUGAUCUUCGAAGGUCCGAUCCGCGAGAGGAACUGGAAAGCCUUCCGUGCAAGAGCCGCAGAUACGGACCAGGCGGCCAGGGAUGCCUUGGGCGAGGCGAUGCAGGGUUACUGGGACGUUGCCAAGCGCGUCACGCAGAGUGCGACGGAUGCGUUUUGA